GCCAUCAGUGAAGACCUCAAACAUAGGAUUGUGCUCAUGUAUGAAACUGAUGGCUUGACUAUGGAAGUGAUUGCGGAGACACUGCAUGUCUCAAUUGGCCUUGUAUCGAAAGUCAUUCACCUUCACCAACUUUAUGGUCAAGUGACCAACCCUUUCGGUCAUCAUACAGGACAUCCAUCACUUCUCAAUAAUGACGACCUCCAGUUCAUCUCAGCUAUCAUUGAUGCUUAUCCUGGCCUGUAUCUCAACAAAAUUCAGAACAAAUUGGCAAAUGUGCAGGACAUUCAGGUGUCAAUCUACAGCUGA